GCAAAGAUUUCGAGGUUGAGCCGUUCAUGUCUGGUGCCGCCGCCAGCCGCAGGUGGAUGGUCAAGCGUGGCCGGUGGAGUGCCCACGAGAGCAUCACCACGAGUGCAGACUUCGCAGCAGAUAUCUGGAUCAGCCACCGCUGCACACCGGAGCCGCCACCUUGUGAACCUCCGGAAGCCUCCCAGGUGGGUUGGAAGUGCCACAGCUACAGAUCUGGCGAAGAUUUUGCCUGGUGUGCUUCCGCUGGGACGCAGGGCUGCGUGAUGUUUGCUCCGCGGAAUGCCUCAGAGGACAUGGCUUCAUGCGGCACCUGUGACUGCUGCCGGAAGCAGGUUGCCGUCCUUCCAAAAGGGGACCGAAGACAGUGCUGCAUCCUCUUCAACGACCUGCUUCUGAAUUAUACGAUCACUGAUGAUCUAAGCCGCUGUGUCGCCCGCGGCGCGUCUCCGGCACCCUCAUGGACACUUUCCUCCGAGACCAGCUUCCAGGAUGCGCGCGGCAGCCGCUGCACCGACGCAGGAAGCCGGGAAGUCGAGAAA